AUGAGGCGCUAAAACAAUUAAUCUUUUUUGGUUUUACUCUUACUUUCUUUUAAGAUUUUUUUUCUUUCCCGGCGCAGAUGACUAGUGGUUACGCUCUGUCACCGGCGAUUAUCGCCGCCGUUCGUCCUCCGUCAUCUCAAGAUUGUCUCUCUGCUGCAUCUGUUUACGGACGCAAAGCGAUCAAUUCUUCUUCAUCUUCGUCUAUCUUGAUACCUACCUCAUUAUCCACUUCCUGCGGUCGAAGCAAAUGCGCCUUCUCAAUCUCGCGGAAAUCGACGAAGAUUCGUUGCGAUACUGCAGUGAAAUCGGCGGCUUCCGUAGACGCGGACGCUGAUCUCUCGUCACCUACGACGUCACUGGAGAAGGAGGAAGAUGAGAAGGCCAAGGCGAAGAUUGGGGCUAGGGUUAGGGUUACGGCGCCAUUGAAAGUUUACCAUGUGGUUCGUGUUCCGGAGGUUGAAUUGAUGGGGAUGGAAGGUUUUAUCAAAGAUUACGUCGUUCUUUGGAAAGGAAAGAGAAUCUCAGCUAAUCUGCCGUUUAAGGUACAGUUUGUGAAAGAGAUCGAAGGUCGUGGCCCUGUUAAGUUCUUCACGCAUCUUAAGGAAGACGAGUUCGAGUUAAUUGAUCCGUGAUUGAAUUCAAACCAAAAGGCAAAAGCUUUCUUCUUCUCUUUCUGAUGUUAAUUAGACUUGAGAAAAAUCUUUUGUGAAUGGAAUGGGUUUGUUUGUAUGUACCCUUUUGUAUACAAUUUAGCUUAUUAUAUACAUAACAUUUCACCCAUUCUUGAAUCCUCUAUUGCUUUGCUGCUUCUUAUGUUGGAGAAAUAAACAAAAAAAAAGCUGUUUCUUGAUC